AUGAAAUCAGCAACUAUAAAAUUUCUUCAAGUAAUUCAAGAAUAUUCUGAAAACAUAAAUUGAAAGAAAAUUUCUGAUUAAAUCUGGAUAGGAUUCAUAAACUUCACGUUGUGCUUGGGGUGAUGAUAACACAUGCAAAUCUUUGAAAGCUGACUAUAGCUGUUCAGAUCUAAACAAUUUCUCAAAUAUUUGUAAUUUAACAUGCGUAUAUGAAUCAAAUACUUGCCGUGAAAGAAAAUGCUCAGAUAUUACCAAUUCAAUUGCAUGUGAUAAUCUUCAUACAGGUGAUUUUGAAUAUACUUUAUGUUAAUGGACUAAUGGUGCUUGUGCUGUUGCUGAUGCCUCAACUCUGACCUAAAAUGAAUGCUAUACAAGAACAUAUGGUAAUUACAAAUGGGCUGACAAUAAAUGUGUUAAAUGUGAUGACUUGAAUGAUAGGUUUGCUAGUAACUCAUACAUUCUUGGAGCAUUUGCACUCUUAUUUGUCUUAUUAGAGUGA